GAAUCUCACUCGAAGCCAGGAAAAUCUUUUCUUGGAUAUUUUCAUGAAACGAGCGACCUGUGGAACGGACAUCGGAGUGAGAUGCCUGACAAGAGACGAGGAAAAGACGAGGCUUCCCUAAAACUGCAGAGAGACCUUGGAAUAUAAAUAAAUGCCUUCAGCUUCUCUGUGCAGACUCCUGAGCAAACAAUCUUGGUCUUCAAGCUCUCACCCCACCUCUGAUUCCGGCUCAAAUCAUCCUGUGGCCUUUCAGUACUGCGACCAGAAUCGAGGUCUUCUUUCGGUUCUCAGCCAAAGUUAUCAACAAGUGCAACAAUGGCACCAACCAAGUACGCCGACCGCAGCAUCCCCAAGAUCUCCCUCCAUGACUUCGAGUCCCGAGUCGACGAGAUCACAGCCCAACUCGUCCACGCCGCCGAAACAGACGGAUUCUUUGGGCUGAUCAACCAUGGUAUUUCCGAGGAAGAGAUAGAGAACAUGUUCGAGACAUCAGCAGCCUUCUUCGCCCUCCCCGAUUCCGAGAAGGCCAAGGUUCCAUUCACCACCAAGAACGCCGGUUGGGAGAAGAACGCCCAGGUCCGUCCCUCCACCGGCCAGCCCGACCAGAAGGAAAGCUACCAGAUGCAGUUCGGCGCCAACAUGGACGGUCUCUGGCUUCCCGACUCCGUCCUCCCCUCCUUCAAGACCACCGCUCUCGCAUUCAUGCACAAAGCGCAAGCCGUCAGCGAAAAGCUCAUGCUCUGCUUCGCCCGCGGCCUCGGCUUCCCCGACUCCUAUUUCAUCGACGCCCACGACGUCUCGCGGCCCGAGUCCCAGACCGUCCUGCGCCUGCUCCACUACUUCGAGGUCGACCGCUCCGUGCCCGUCCCCGACAACUACUAUCGCGCGGGCGCCCACGUCGACUGGGACUUCGUCACGCUGCUCUUCCAGCGCGCCGGCCAGAGCGGUCUCGAGAUCUGCCCCGGCCGCGAGACCACCACGGCUUUCGCCAUCGGCGAUACCUGGACCAAGGUCGAUCCCGCGCCCGGCGAGAUCGUCUGUAAUAUCGGCGAUCUGCUCAUGUCCUGGUCCGAUGACCGCUUCAAGUCGACCUUCCACCGCGUCAAGACCCCUUGUGAUCCAGAGGUCGAUUAUUAUGGUCCGCGCUAUAGUAUGGCGUUCUUUAAUCAGCCGUGUACGGAUGCCUGCAUCCAGGGCCCGUUGAAGAAAUACCCCAUGAUUACGGGCAAGGAGUUCACGGAGAGGGCCAUGCAGAGGAAUUUCGCGGCGUUGAAGGCGAAAAGGGAGGCGAUGGAGGCUGUUAGGCAGGACGCUUCUGUUGCUCUUGCUGUUUCAUAGGCGGUUUCUCCCCUGGAUCCCGGAAAUCAUUAUUUCUUUUGCUUAUAAUGAACGAAUAUGUUUCCGUCGCAAAAUAUAUGACAUUGGUUGUACGACUACCAAUGCUUUUAUAUUGCGUCGUGUCGUAAUAUACACUUUUUUGCUUUAAG